UGCGCUGCCUCUGGCUUGCGGGGUCGGGCUCCUCCGCGGCCCGGCUGCGCUCCGCCCCGAGGGCGCUCGGUGCAGCAGGGGCGUGCAGGGGCUGGCUGGCUCUGACUUCGCUGGUGGGGGGAGGUCUCCUGCAUGGAGGUGAAGUGCCCGACCCACGGGGUCCCGGUCCCUUGGUGCGGGCAGUGGAAGGCUUGCCGCUGUGGGAGCGAGUGACUGUGAGUUAGCACACACGCAGCUGGAAGCAACCUCGGUGCGCAGUUUGUGAGAAGACUUGGCUGGCGUGUCCAGGGGCUGCACUUGCCUAGGCCCUGGGCAGCCAAAGAGACGUUACCGUUCUUGUUCAGGAAACUUGGUUCGCUAGGCUUGAGGUAGAUUGCAGUUGGGGCUGCAGUAAAGGCUCAGGUAGAGAGGCGUUACUGUGGAGAGUGAUCAUACUCCCCCCUCCCCCCCCCCCCCCGCCCCGUGCUGACCACAGAAAUUAUUUAGAAUGAGGAGAGAGAAGCCUUGUGCUGGCUUGGCAGUUCUCCAUGUGGGGAAUAGAACUUCUGGGAACGUUCCUAUAGUGUAAACUUUGCCUGCGUGCAGGCUGUUUUUAUUGGCUGUUGCCUUCGGCCAGUGCUUAGUAAGGGAGUGGAAGCCCGCCGUCUGAGGCACCGUUAUGUUUUGAGUGCAUAGAGAAGUUAAAGCUCGCUGUGCACCUUUAGUAUACAUUUGUACUUACCCCUCCUCCCAUCCUUUAGCCUCAUCUGUUUCAAUGGUGCAACUGUCUUCGUCCCUUUUUGGUUACCAGUCACCUUCAGGCCAUUCAGAGGAGGGAAGAGUGGGAAAUAUGAAGUCAGCGAAGUCCCAAGUGAACCACAAUCAGCACGGGGAAAGCCAGCGAGCCCUGAGCCCCCAGCAGUCUACUCUCAGUUCUGCUGCAUCUCCUUCCCAGGCGUAUGAAACCUAUAUUGAUAAUGGACUCAUAUGCCUUAAACACAAAAUUAGGAACAUCGAGAAGAAGAAGAUCAAACUGGAAGAUUAUAAAGAUCGCCUAAAGAAUGGAGAGCAGCUUAACGCAGACCAGUUGGAAGCAGUGGAAAAGUAUGAAGAAGUACUUCAUAAUUUGGAAUUUGCCAAGGAGCUUCAGAAAACCUUUUCUGUACUAAGCCAAGAUCUACUGAAAGCGCAGAAGAAGGCCCAGAGAAGGGAGCACAUGCUAAAACUCGAGGCUGAGAAAAAAAAGCUCCGCACCGUACUUCAUACUCAGUAUGUAUUGCAGAGCUUGACCCGAGAACAUGUACAAGAAGACUUCAAAGGGGGCUUGAACGGUGCACUGUGUUUGCCUUCCAAAGAACUUGACCGCCUCAUUAAAUUCUCAAAACUAGCCUGCCCUGAGAGAAAUGAAAGUCUGAGUGUUGAAGACCAGAUGGAGCAGUCAUCCUUGUACUUUUGGGACCUUUUGGAAGGUAGUGAGAAAGCAGUGGUAGGAACGACAUACAAACAUGUGAAAGAUCUGCUAUCUAAAUUGCUGAACUCAGGCUACUUUGAAAGUAUCCCAGUUCUUAGAAAUUCUAAGGAAAAAGAGGAAGAAAUGAUAAUGCAAACAGAAAAGAAAAAACAGUUACUGAAGACUAAGACUGAGUUCAUCAAAGAGCCAGAAUCUCUUAUGGAAGUUGUACAGCCAGAGAUACAACCACAGGAGUUUCUUAACAGACACUACAUGACAGAAGUAAAUUAUUCAAGAAAACAAGAAAAUGAGGAACGCUUGUGGGAAGCAGAUUAUGCUAGAAAACCCAGUCUCCUCAAAUGCUGGAAUAAGCUUUCAGAAGCAGAUGCUCAAGGGAAGAAGCAGGAGUCCUCAGAGCCCUGGGAAUCUUCUCUUAAGUCCCAUGAGGUGUCGAAGCCUGUGGUUUCCUCAGAACAGGGGAAGCUCAGGUCAGCCCUCCAGGAAGAGCAGAAGCAGCAGAUUUCUGUGACACCUGUCAAUCAGUGGAAGCCAGGAACCCUGAAGUCCAAAGUGAGCAUCCCUCAGGAAGAGCAGAACAUGCGGGAUCUGCCAAAGCCAUGGGUAGUUCAGCCACAGAAAGAGCAGGAGGAUCCAAAGAAGCUUCCCCCUGGAUCCUGGGCUGCAUCUGUGCAGAGUGAACAGAGCAGCAGCAGAUCCGGGACUGCUCCUGUGUGUAGAGAAGAGGCUUCAUUGGAGCCUGGAACUCCAGUAUCCUGGGAAAACAGCCCUGAGAACCAGGAGCCUGCCUUAGGUGUGCAGUCACAGAUCUGUCUAAAGUCCUGGGGAGCAGCUUCAGCAGGACUCUUGCCAAGUGACCAGGUCCCGCCCAGGAAGUUAAAUGUAGAACCCAAAGAUGUGCCUAAGCCCGUGCCUCAGCCUGUAGACUCUUCCUCUGCCUUUCCAAAGGAUCCAGUAUUGAGGAAAGAAAAGCUGAAGGACCUCAUGUCCCAGAUUCAAGGAACUUGUAACUUUAUGCAAGAGUCUGUUCUAGACUUUGACAAACCCUCAAGUGCAAUUGCAUCGUCACAGCUGCCUUCAGCUUCUCCAGUUUCUACAGGAUCUGCAGAACAAAACUUGUCCAAUCAAAGUGAUUUUCUUCAAGAGCCAUUACAGGCUGCUGCUUCUUCAGUUACUUGUAGCUCAAAUGCUUGUUUGGUUACUACUGAUCAGGCUUCUUCAGGAUCUGAAACAGAGUUCAUGACCUCAGAGACCCCUGAGAUGGCAGCUCCCCCCUGCAAGCCAGCAUCUACACUUGCUUCUCCAAAUCCUCCCCUGUCAAAGGGCUUCCACUUACCUCCUGCAAGUGGAAGCUCAGCAGCCCUUAGCACAGCACCCUUUCAAGCCAUGCAGACAGUAUUUAAUGUUGACGCACCACUGCCUCCACAGAAAGAGCAGGACGUGAAAGCAUCCCCCUUUUCACCUGGCUGCAAUCAACAUUCUACUUCAUCGAGGACACACACGACAUCCCAGUGUCCGCUACCACCUGUACACACAGAACAGACGGCCCAGCCUCCAGAGACGGGUUACCAUCCUGAUGGAACUGUUCAUGUAAGCAAUAGCAACCUUGCCUUUUACCCAGCACCUACGAGUAUUUUUCACAGACCAGCUCAGCCAUUUAUUAGUAGUCGGGGGUCUGUGAGAGGAUGUGCACGUGGAGGGAGGUUACUAAUGAAUCCCUGUCGCUCUCCUGGUGGCUACAAAGGUUUUGAUAGUUACAGAGGACCUCCUUCAGCUUCAAGUGGGAAUUACAGCCAGCUGCAGCUGCAAGCUAGAGAGUACCCUGGAGCACCUUACUCUCCAAGGGAUAAUUUCCAGCAAUGUUAUAAAAGAUCAGGGACAAUUAAUGGUCUUCAGGCACAUUCAAAAGGCUGGAGUGACUCCUCUCAGGUGAGCAGCCCAGAAAGAGACAGCGAGACUUUUAACAGUGGAGACUCUGGGCAAGGAGAGUCCCGGAGCAUGACCCCUGUGGAUGUGCCAGCGACAAGCCCGACUGCCGCUGUCCUGCCAGUACACGUCUACCCCCUGCCUCAGCAAAUGCGAGUUGCCUUCUCAGCUGCCAGAACCUCCAAUCUGGCUCCUGGAACUUUAGACCAACCUAUUGUGUUUGAUCUUCUUCUGAACAACCUGGGAGAGACCUUUGAUCUUCAGCUUGGAAGAUUCAGUUGCCCAGUGAACGGCACGUAUGUGUUCAUUUUUCACAUGCUAAAGCUGGCCGUGAAUGUGCCACUGUAUGUAAACCUCAUGAAGAAUGAGGAGGUCUUGGUGUCAGCCUAUGCCAACGACGGUGCUCCAGACCAUGAGACAGCGAGCAACCACGCCAUUCUCCAGCUCCUCCAGGGAGACCAGAUAUGGUUGCGCUUACACAGGGGAGCGAUUUAUGGAAGUAGCUGGAAAUACUCGACAUUUUCAGGCUAUCUUCUUUAUCAAGAUUGAAAUGCAGUUCAGAGUGAAAGAAUGAAGUUCUCCCUAGCAGAUCUAAGGAAAGGUAGUCCUUGCCCUGGUGAUUGACUGAUCGUGGGAAAUACUUUGCUUCUAGAGAAAGAAGGAGGUCCUCACUUUUUUGUUUUCCUCUCUAUGUGAAGACUUUGAAGCGGAAUGGCGAUUAGCACUAAUGUAGCACUUUAUGAACUGUGAUGUAGCCUUGCAGUCACACUGUGGAUGUGUAUUGUUUGCACUUAGCUGUGUUAAUGGUCAGCUUACUGAACUGACUGCCUCCAGUUCAGACAAGUUACCAUGCCUUGUUGUGCCUCAAUAAAACUUGCACUGCA